GGGUGAUGAUGGUGCUGCCUCAGGAUGGCGGCUGCUGUUGUUGUCGGUGUAAAUAAGCAAACAACCGCAGCCUCCAUGGAGCCGUGUGUCCGCCAUGGCAGAGGAACCCAGGGCAACACGGUGAAGGUGUUGGAGUGUGGAGUGUGUGAGGACGUGUUCUCUCUGCAGGGUGAUAAGGUUCCUCGGCUCCUGCUGUGUGGUCACACUGUGUGUCACGACUGUUUAACCCGUCUCCCUCUUCAUGGCAGGGCUGUACGCUGUCCUUUUGACAGACAGGCCACUGAGCUUGGAGACUCGGGUGUGUGGGGUUUGAAGAAGAACUUUGCGCUGCUGGAGCUGCUGGAGCGGCUGCAGAACGGUGCGUCCAGUCAGUCCGGCAUGUCAGAGGAAGCCUUGAGAGAGAUGGGAGAGUGCAUCAUACGGUGUGACGAGGACGAGAGCCACACCGCGUCGGUCUACUGCACGGUGUGUGCCACACAUUUAUGUGCCGAGUGUUCUCAGCUCACGCACUCCACCCGCACGCUGGCCAAACACCGCCGUGUCCCACUGGCCGACAAACCGCACGAGAAGACGCUGUGCUCUCAGCACCAGGUCCACGCGAUCGAGUUUGUGUGUCUGGAGGAGGGCUGCCAUCCCGGCCCGCUCAUGUGCUGCGUCUGCAAAGAGUAUGGCAAACACCAAGGACAUAAGCAUGCAGUUCUGGAAGCUGAAGCCAACCAGAUCCGGGCGUCCAUUUUGGACAUGGCGCACUGCAUCCGCACCUUCACUGAGGAAGUGUCCGAGUAUUCCAGGAAGCUGGUGGGAAUCGUGCAGCAGAUUGAGGGAGGGGAACAGAUUGUAGAGGACGGAGUGGGCAUGGCUCAUACGGAACAUGUUCCCGGCACGGCGGAGAACGCUCGGUCCUGUGUGCGAGCGUACUUCGCAGACCUCCACGACACACUGUGCCGUCAGGAGGAGAUGGCGCUCAGCGUGGUGGACGCUCAUGUCAGGGAGAGGCUCAUCUGGCUCCGACAGCAGCAGGAGGACAUGACCAUCCUCCUGUCUCAGGUGUCCACCGCCUGCCUGCACUGUGAGAAGACCCUGCAGCAGGAUGACUGCAGGGUGGUUCUGGCGAAGCAGGAGAUUAACAGGUUGCUGGAGACUCUGCAGAAGCAGCAGCAGCAGUUUACAGAAAUGGCCGAUCAUGUUCAGCUGGAUGCAGGCAUCCCUGUAACAUUCACCAAGGAUAACCGUGUACACAUCGGGCCCAAGAUGGAGAUCCGGGUGGUGACGCUGGGGCUGGACGCUGCAGGAAAAACCACCAUCCUGUUCAAACUGAAGCAGGACGAGUUCAUGCAGCCCAUCCCCACUAUAGGCUUUAACGUGGAAACAGUGGAGUAUAAAAACCUGAAGUUCACCAUCUGGGAUGUUGGGGGGAAACACAAACUGAGACCGCUGUGGAAACACUACUACCUGAACACACAAGCGGUGGUGUUUGUGAUUGACAGCUGUCACAGAGACAGACUGAUGGAGGCUCACAGUGAACUUGCCAAGCUGCUGACGGAGAAGGAGCUGCGAGACGCUCUACUGCUCAUCUUUGCCAACAAACAGGACGUCCCUGGGGCCGUAUCAGUGGAGGAGAUGACGGAGCUCCUGAGCCUCCAUAAGCUGUGCUGUGGGCGGAGCUGGCACAUUCAGGGCUGUGAUGCCCGCAGUGGUACGGGUCUGCACGAGGGUCUGGACUGGCUCUCACGCCAGCUGGUGGCUGCAGGGGUUCUGGAUGUGGCCUAAUGGACCAGAGUACGGUACCACAACCAGCAGUUAGCACGUGAGGAGACUCUCAGCGUCAUGCUAACUCACCAUCAGUUAUAGUCAUCAACUAGUCUCACGACAACUAAUUAACCAACUGAACGCAACAUUACACUGAUUUUUAGCUGUUUAGGUUCAAUGUGAUUGUCCUGUGUGUUUUACUACCAAACAAAAUGUUGCAUCAUCACUUCAGAGCGUUUGAGUGUUAAGGUGUUGUUGUGCCGUACCAGCUCUUCUUUUUUUUUUUUUAAACACUACACUAACGAUGGCUGUAAAACUCACUGUUGAGUCAAAUGUUUACUGAAGAAACACGAAGCUCAGCGGUAAUAAAGUGAUAACGAUGACCUUACAGCUCCCGUACUCUCUUCCUGUUCAGUUUUACAGAUCUCUAUAAACAAACAUUUUUCAUUAUUUAUUUCCGUUUGUGGUGGAUCAGUGCAGGUACGGAGUAAAAAACGAUAUGAUGUUGAACUCUCGUUACUGAUAUUUAUAUUUUGAAAGGAAAAAAACGUGCUGUGAAGAUUUUCUGAACUGUUUGUCAGGAUGGCGUGUGGUGCUGCUGUGAUUAAACAAGUGCAGCUGCUUAAAGCAUUUAAAGAGAUUUUAAUUGUUAAUUAUCAAUCAUGCACAGCUUUAAAAGCUUUUAGUACAGUAGAGUUCACUUACCGCUGUUUUAACUGGCUACAGCAUAUUAAUGAUGUACCACUCUUACUCCAUUUAUAGCUGCAGUUCAAAUAAACCUUGUUCUGUUCUAUUUACAGAGUUUAUUCUGAUCUGGUGACUGAAACAUUACUGCAGUUUGGUUUUGGUUUGAACCACAUUCUCUUUUCCCUUAGUGAGCUGUGAUGUGUAAAGAUUAAAGCGCAUGUGUGAACUUUUA